CCUCUAUUCACUCUUGCGGCUACAGACAACAAGUAAGUACUCUGUAUGCCAUCGAUUUCAAAUUAGUUCCAUUUCGGGCCUUUGUGAGCCAUGUUCGCAAUACCUAGACAUUUCAAACAUUCUAAAAGUUCGUGUAGAGUACCUCCUCCAUUAUAUCCGUUAAGACAGCAAAUUUGACGAAUCAGACCAUAAUAUUUACAGUGACGUAAUUUGAGACUUGCAUUGUUGUUUCAGAAACAGUUUAUGAAAAAAAACAGUUGCUUUUAUACUUGUUUAGUAGAGACAGUGUUAAAAUUGUGAUAUGUUCGACAAAAACGUGUUCUCCCAUCUUAUUUGUUGAAUUCACUCUGAUGAAAGACUUGAAAUUAAAGUCGAAGCACUAAAGUAAUGCCACGACAUCGUAAGCAAGCUAAAUUAUUCCUAGAUAUUAUGCAGUCAACGGAUUCUGACGAGUCUCACAGUGGGAUGGAUGAAAAAAGACCUUGCAUGCCACGCGGAGGAAUAAAUAUGCCUGAGGAAGUUCAAGCCGAAUGUCAUAACUCAGAUACCUUAGACGGAAUCCCGGAGCUUCCAGCUGAUGAAGAUGAUGAAGAUGCUUCAAGUUCAGCCAAUAUAAUCAAUGUUGAACCUCAUAGCCAGUCAACUUCCACAACCGGGUUCAUACAAAGCAGUAGUUACCCGCCACAACCAACUCCCGGACCUUCGGGAUAUCAAGCGUUUGCACAGAGUUCACAAAGACCUGAUGUGAGACAGAACUUUAUGUAUAACCAACAAUUCAAUCCCCAAUGGCAAAAUCGAUUCACCAGCUAUCGUGGACCUACACACCUACCGCCUCGACCCAGACCAACAAUACCACUGCCAUUACCACUACAAAUGCCUCUGCCAGAUAGGCCAAGACUGCAACAACCAAUGAACCCAAGAUCUGCACACUGGCGGUAUCAGAACCGUGGACAGCAGCCUGUUCUUGCCCAAAGCAUUCAAAACUAUGGCUUUUUUCCGUACAACCACCCGGCUUCAAAUCUAAAUCCACUCCCUCCACAGCGUCAACCACAAAUGCAAUAUCGGCCUACACCACCCAGGCAGUAUCCUCCGCAAGGAAUUUACCCUCAACAGUGGAACCGCCAGCCUAAUCCGAAUCAACCGAUUUAUCAGAACCUUGUGCGAAAUCGUCUACCAAUGGAUCCGAAUGCUGCAAUGGCGCAGGACCCCCAGGAAACCGCUAACUGGGAUAACUUUCAUAUGUUUUGUCAGCAAGUUACAAUGAUGCCACCUCCCCAUCUAGAAACGACGCCGUCUUGACUAGAUGCGAAUGGACGAAGGUCUUUUUCCGGGAUGCCAGAAUGGAGAAAGCACUGAUAUAAGACUAGCAAACCUUGCUUGCCUGUACGAGUAAAACUUUUCCUUUUUUAAUGCUUUUACCAUUAGGUUUCAAUUGUAAAGUCCCUUGACGACGUAUUAGCAACCAAAAUAAUUUUAAACUGUAAUAUCAACCAUAAGUAGUUUGUAACAACCCAAAUUAUUUUCCUUUUUAACCAUCGGGCGAGUGUGGUCUAAAGCUUAUACGGCCAGAUGUGCCUCAUCUGUGAGAGCAAAAACUAGGUUUUUCUUCAGGGUUGAGGGAACCUUCCCAAACCGAACUUCCUAUAUAAAAGGUUUUAUAUUAUCAGCGAGUACUUGUGAGGAGUAAGGAGACAAGAAGCUACUAGACCGCCCAACUCUUGAGAAACACUUAGCUUUUCAUCUCAUAGCACCGCACCCGCCCGAAGGAUAAUUUUGACGAACCUCAAAUAAAUGGUAAUGCAUAUGUU